AUGGGUAACGAGGAGAGCACAUUGGUGGACCCGUCCACAAGGCCGUUCACGUUGAAGCAGCGCACGACGGAGGCAUUGGCGCAGUACAUCAAGGAUGGCAAGGCAAAGAAGAUAGUCGUCCUGACGGGCGCCGGCAUCUCAACAUCUGCAGGCAUUCCUGACUUUCGCUCACCAGAAACCGGACUGUACGCCAACCUAGAGCGCUUGAAUCUCCCACACCCCGAGGCCGUCUUCGAGCUGUCGUUCUUCCGAGAAAACCCUCUUCCUUUCUACACCCUCGCGCAAGAGCUGUACCCUGGCAGAUACCGACCUACAAUAACACACUCCUUCAUCCACCUGUUACACGAAAAGGGGCUCUUACUCAAGCUCUUCACACAGAACAUCGACUGUCUGGAGCGAGAAGCGGGCGUACCAGGCGAUAAGAUUAUCGAAGCACAUGGCAGUUUCGCAGAGCAAGUCUUCACCCAAGCAUGCAUCGAGUGCAAGAAGUCCUACCCCAAGGACCAAAUGCUCACCCACAUCGAGAAUAAGACCGUCCCCCACUGCGUCGACGCAAAUUGCAACGGGCUCGUCAAGCCCAAGAUCGUCUUCUUCGGUGAACAGCUACCAGCAGAAUUCUUCGACAACAUCGACCUCGUCCAGAACGCAGACUUGUGCAUCGUCCUCGGCACAUCCCUAUCUGUCCAUCCCUUCGCCAGCCUCCCACAACAAGUCGGUGAGUUCGUACCGCGACUGCUCAUCAACAUGGAACAAGUCGGCACCCUUGGGUCGCGGCCAGACGACGUUCUCAUCUUGAAGGACUGUGACACCGGCGUAAAGGAACUCGCAGCAGCACUGGGGUGGAACGACGAGCUCGAGGAGCUAUGGGCGGGUACAAAGAGGGAAGGACAAUUCGUGCCCGAAAAUAAGGAAGAAGGCAAGAAGAGCAGAGACGAGCAACUACAAGACGAAGUCGACAAGCUCACAAAAGACAUCGAUAAGACACUUAAGCUGGGUGAGGACCAGAAGAAGUGGCUGGAUAACCACGAUAAGAAAGAUAUUCCAUCGUCGGACGACCCAGAGUCGAAGACAUUGGCGCCAGUUGAGAAGAAAGGGGCUGGGCUGGGGCAUAUAUUUCCCUUUCUCUCCAGCGACAAGAAAGGGGAUAAGAGCAAUCUGUAG